UGCACGCAUUAAAAUUGACCUUCUUCAAAGUGUGUAUAUCUAUUAAGUCCGUUUAUCUAUCUAUUUUUUUAAGCACACGCACACAUACACGCACACAAUACACUUUUAUUACACCCAUGUCGCUCGACCCUCAAACGGUGCCGUUUCUGCGUUCGUGCGAGCGCUGUCGCCAUAAAAAGCGCAAGUGCUCUGGAGACCGCCCUUCAUGUACCUGGUGCACUAGCCACAAUAUCCCUUGCCGCUACCGACGCACAAUGCGAUUCAAGAAACAGCUCGAGGUGCAGCCAGAAUCCUCGCUCGACACACUGUCGACGCCGGUUAUGUUCUCGAAUGUGAAGCCCAGUGUCUCUGACCCGGCAGCCAUCUCGUCGCAGCUAACAACAGCAGCGGCCACACAGGGUCCAAUCAGCACAGGCAAUCUUGGCAAUGCCGCUGCCGGCGAUCUAUUCUCUGCCGACGCCCUGGCGCGGCUGCUCUCGGUUGAUAUGGUGCCCUCAUCGAACCCACCGCCGGCUAACUUGCUUCAGAUGGUCAAUUCAUACAUGACCCCGCUGGCUGGCUCCGCCACUCCGCUGUCCGGCCCCGAGUGGUCGGCAAUGACCAACACCGAGGCCAACAUGCUGGCAAAUCUCGGCGAUAUGGCAGCCUUGGCCCACCUGAACUCAGCAUACGAGUGGAUGCCCGUGGGGUUCACCGAUCCGCUAAUGGAUAGCGGCAGCAUCGGCAGCAUGUCCCAGGACUUUUUAAGCGACGAGCUCAUACCUCCCUUUGGUGCCGACAGAAACAGCACGGGCACCCAAGAGCCGAACACAUACGCGCUUACACCGGAUAUAGCCAGCUUCCCCAUGUCGCCGACCGUGCCGCGGCCGGGGCCUCUUUUGGAAUCAUUGUCUUCGCAGACCCUUCACAGCAAUAUAAGCCAUCCGGGGCCCUCACUGCCCAGUGUUGCGGCUGCGCCUUCUGCAGCACCCGUGUCAGGCAGUUCCAACUUUUUCCGGUUGCCAGCGUCGCCCAUCGAUUAUAUUCGCACGAAUUUUGGGCCGCCUCAGCCGCGCUCCCCGGUGACCGGAGUGGCUGAAAUAGUUCCAGGGAUGCUCUCUGGCAUUGACCGAUCAUCGCCACUGUCAUCUCCGGUAAGCACAUAUGCCCCGCCAUCUGGUCCCUUGAGUAUACCGGCUUUUGCCAGUACUAGUUCCAAUCAGCAGCAGCAGCAGAGCCACCGCCAGAUAAAACCAAAGCCGCAAAAGACUUAUGAACGCAAGGCCAUUUCAAACAAGCCGCGUGGCGCCAUGGAGAGACCGGGCCCUUCAAUUUCUCUCGCAAACGAUGAAAUCGUUGUGCCGCCAAUCUUGGAGGAGUACGUCGCAUCAAUACCCGGCAAGCCGUCGCCGGUCGUUAUAUACAAGAUUAUGCGCGAGACGUUUAGAGCACCGCGAAUGGGCAUGGUGUCGAUGAACCUUGAGAUGUUGUGGCACAUGCUGCACAAGGGCGUGCUCCCGCGAAUUGUGUUCUACGGGCAUAUCUCCAGCACUAUUCGUUGCAGCGUGGCCGACCUUGACAUCAAGGCAAUGGUCCCGUCGCACAUUGACGAGUCCUGCUACGAACUGGCGCUGAACGAGGUUCCGAAAAUCAAAGAUUGCUCGGCAAUCUGGGGUGCAGUCGGCCUGUGCAUGGUCACUCGAUACGAGUUUCAGUCGUCCAGGUACAAGGAGAUGGCUGUGCACGUGGAUAUGGCGCUGGACGUUAUGCACCGUAUUCAGUUUGUCGGUCACAGCUACCCGUGGCACGGCGUGGCAGCAGCCGACAAAGAGAGCUUUGGGUUUCAGUAUCUGCUGGCGAUCUACUGGAAAUGUUUCUUGUGGAAGCUCAUGUCGCUGAUGCUAAUCGAGACCAACGUGUCGUUUGUCAACGGGCUCGAGGGACUGCCGGAAUACUCGUCAAAGACGUACGACCUGUACACGUCCGACCUGCCGUACGACGUGGAUCUGAUGGAGAUGAUCCCACCCAACUCGUGGUUCGGCGCCAACUCCGAGUGCCGGCCCAAUAUUCGGUUCCGCGGGCCCAGCGACGCCGAGUUUAUGAGAAAUCGGCCCGAGGGCUCACCUUGCUUCAACCGGGCAACUAUGAGCGGAUCGUACAUGCAGCAGCUGCUAGUCGUAUUUGCGAGAUUCUUUGUGCUACAGGACCAGGCGCGGUGCGGCAAGAUCGAGAUCGGACAACUUCUGAAGGGCCUGUGGGUGUACAAGGAGCGCAUGCGCAUGUGGCGCUACUCGCUGCCACCAGAGCUGAUAUUGGACAGCAAGAUGGUGGACGGCUACCUCGCUGUCAUCCGGCCAGAUUCGUCGGCAACGCCGCGUGAGAUUGACCUGCGAGCAUCGCGGCUCAAGGACAUCAUUAUGCUGCUGCUCACAUACCACACUUUUAUUGUCCGGGCCAACCGCUUUGUGAUGAAGAUGAUGCUGGGCGAGCCGUUGGAUGUGCCGGCACCGGACGUCACCACAAUGAGCUUUGGGAUUCGCGAUCUCUACGACUCCAAGUCGUCGCCAGGCACUGUGACCGAGGCCUUGGGCCACAUGAAUAUGUACUUCCACGGGUGUCGCAUCCAAGCAAUAAAGUCCGCCAACGCGCUGUGCAGUAUCAUCCAGGCAGCGUACUCAUGCCGGUUCAACUUUUACACGCUCGGGUCGCCAAUCAUAUUCACCAUAUUCGAGCUGCUGGUGGUGUACAUAAGCUUUUUGCGCAACUGCGACCCCAUGAUCAACUGGCGCUCAAAGGCGCGGCUGUCAAACGUCUUCAACAUUCUGCGCAUGUUGAGGCACUGGGCGCCAGCACUGCACAUGUUUGUCUCUGGUAUAAAGGCUCUGAGCGACCCGACGCUGUGCCUGGAGGAGCCGUACAACUUUAACGUGUUAAAGCAUGAUGUUAUGGAUCCGUCGAUGCUUGACAUGGCUGACUCGCCCGUGGACUCUAAUGCGGUGACCGACGACGAGGACGACGGGACGCUGCCGCCCAAGCGCCGCCGCGUGGUUCGGCUGCCACAGGCGCUCGAGACCAUCAAGGAUGCGCGCACCAACAUUCUGAACUCAAUAGCCCCGCCCGGAAUCAAGCUGUCGACGGAUGUCAAGCGCGACGAGACGCUGAGUUAUCGGGCUGCCGAUCCAAUCCCCGAGUUUCCCAAUCCGUUCCCGCCGAAGCACAUCAUAACACUGAUCAUCAAGGAUCUGGGGCUCAGUCUUACCGAGUUCUUGGCACCGGCAUACCCAAUUUUGCUGCUCAAGCUGAUUCCUUCCGGUCGCGCAGAUACUUCGAAGAUGCAGCUGUUUGGAGGCGUUGGCAGGGGCGGAAUCAACGCCGCACAAGACGGCAGCGACCAUCCGUCGUCGUCUCCAGCCGACGAGUCGGCGACUUAGGUAGGGAGUGGCAGCGCAGCACAGUGCAUUAAUUUCCGAGAAACUCAUAUCCAAAGUCAAUCGAAUGGCAGAACCACAUUGUUUUAUUUUAUUUUUCAGUCAAUUUAAGCAUGCGGACUUCCGCACAAUCAAUAUUUAUGACCCCG